AUGCCCACUAUCCAGAACCUCCACUCUUUUGACCCCUUUGCUGAUUCAACUAAGGGUAAUUACCUGCUUCCUGCAGAUUAUAUCCAUCUAAGAAUCCACAGAAAUGGCAGGAAGACCCUUACCACCAUCCAAGGGAUUGCUGAUGAUUACAAUAAAAAGAAACUGGUGAAGGCAUUUAAGAAGAAAUUUGCCUGCAAUGGUACUGUAAUUGAGCAUCCAGAAUGUGGAGAUGUAAUCCAGCUUCAAGGGGACAAGUACAAGAACAUAUGUCAGUUCCUGGUAGAGACUGGACUGGCUAAGAACGAUCAGCUGAAGGCUCAUGGGUCUCAAGUGCUUGUGGCUCGUUGA